AUUCAAAACAUUUUGAAUUGUUUGUUUAAAUGGAUCAUCUCAUAAACAUUUUAGAUAUUGAAUUUCCAGAUUGGAGAUCUCAUACCUGAACUAUUAUCUAUAUUAGGGGGGGAAUAUAGGUUAACAGGAAGGCAAGGACCCAUCCUAAACAUUGGGGAACCAAUUCUUUGAUCAGCCAAAGAAGAAGAUAAGAAUCACACUUAUGUGGCUUAUACAUUAGCUCAUACACAUAUUCUGCUUUUAAUGUCACUUGCAGAAUCUUAGUUUGUGCUUAACAACAAAUUCCAACAUCUAUCAAUGCUUGAAUAUCAUGUUACAAAGCUCUUUGCAUACACUAAGCUGUGCGUACUUGCAGAAGGGUUAGAAUGCUUAACAUAAAAAAGAAACUAUUGAGCUCUGUCCCCUCCCAUGUUUCUGUUUUGUGGUGCAAAUGCUGUUGCCAUGACUCCUGCAGAGUCUGUUUGGCUUAUGCAUUGACUUUAGCCAACUGUCAUCUGGGCCACAUUAUAUACAAGAGUCGGGCAAUGCAGUACCUCCUCAUCUAGUAAGUCAAAGGAAUUAGUAUACACGGUCUUUUCUGAAAAUGGCUGCUGUUCUUUUAAACCAGACAGAAGAGCGGGCAGUGUGGGACAGUGCAAGAAAUGGUGGCAAGUUAAAUCUCCGAAUGAAAGAAUAUGAGACGCCGGAGAUCUAUGAGAAGGAUUUCAGAAGAAACAGCAGAACAAAAAGUAGUGCAUUUGAGGAAAAGACAUCUCUCAAUGCUUGCCCUGAUACUGGAAAGAACAGUACAACCGCUGGCAGCAGGGAAUCUGAGAGGAACCUUGAACAGGGAGAUUAUUUUAACAGCUCUUCACCUUCAUCUAAAUCAUUGUUACAAGAUUAUCCACAGCACCAACGAGAGCAAAAUGACUUUGAGGAUGGUAUUGAAUAUCGACCAUUACCAUCCCCAACACGUUCAUCUCUCCGCUCCCCAAACAAAGACACCACUGUACGGUCGAAAGAAGGUUACCGGGUUAAAUUUGCAGACAAGAACUUUUCCGACCUCUCACCAGAAAAUGAGGCACCAGACAAACCUCUAGACAACAUAACCCGCACCAGAAAGCCACUUUAUAGCAGCGUAGAAAGUGGAGGAUCAGCUGUGCCCAGAGAUUGCAGGUCACAAAGCUUCAGGAACAGCAGUCUCACCUCAACUCCUCUGAGAUCCAAAAUAACAAUUGAUAAUGAGAGGACAAAGUUCAGUCAUGUAGAUGGUGUUGAUAGAUAUACAGAGGACCUGAAGGAUUUUCCCAAAUCGUCUGACACAAAUGAUCACAAGUUCAGCAGUGAGAGAUUGCUAAGAGCUAGUACAGACUUGUAUGUUUCCACCCACCUAAACGAUUCCCCCUUGCCAUCAAAUCACCUGUCUGCUCUGAGGAAAGGAUUUACAGACAUUCCAGGGAUUUACACUCUGCCCUCAAAACCAGCACUGGGACUAUCUCACCAAUUCACUGGUAAAGAAAGGCAAUCAGAAUACGCAGUCCAAAAGAAAACCUGGCAAUCUGAUAAAGAUGCUGUUCAGAAAAUGGAUGUGCUGGCGAAUGGAAUGAAAAGAUCCAGCAGCUUGAACAGUUUGUUAACUCCUAAACCUGUCAGCUCAUAUGCAGAUAAAUAUUCUGACAGAUUGUUUGGUAGUGCUGAAUACCAGGAAAAAGACAGACCAGUUUCUUCUGAAACAGAUUCCACUAUAGAUAUCCUGCAGCAGUUAAUGGACCUAGUUGACCGCUACUGGAAUGGUUCAGGUUCUCUCCUUCAGAAUCAGAGGUUUUUGGUACCAGCACGUGAAUUACUUUCCAGUUACCUUUUAACCAAUCGCAAUAAGACAGCAACUCCAAGAACUAGUUAUGGAGUGGACAAAGAAUAUAAUAGUGUGGAUUUUUUGACGGAAAAACUGAAAAAUACUAUUGAGGAAAACCACAUGUUACAGUCAAAGAUCUCAAAACUGGAAAGCAAGGCAAUUGAUAAUGGAGACAAAGGAUUUCAGUCUGGAUCUCAAGACGAUUUGUGGCACAAGUAUGAGAAGUUGAGCCUCCAAGUGGAAUCUCUACAGCAGCAGCUUAAACAGGCUCAUAAACUGCACGACACAGUCAAUCUUUUGCAUGACAGUCAAAGGUCUUUAGUGUGCACUAAUGAAUAUCUUCUGCAACAACUAAAUAAAGCCUCACCAAGCUACUUGUCUAAAGCCCCAUCUUCUGCUAUCAAACCAAGGACCAGCUCAGAUAAAUAUAUUUCCUCUGAUAGUAGCGAUCAGUCUGCCUCAUCACCUGUGUACAGUUCUGGGCAAUAUCGAAUCCCAGAGAGACUAAGCAGUUGCCCACUAUAAGUAAAUAACUACUGUUAAAUCUAUUUGGGACUGUAUACAAUGUAGUGGCCAAAGACACAGUGUUAAACACUGUUAAAUCAGGUUGCUAGAUUAUGAAGUUGGUACUUAAGGCAGAAUAAUCUAUACUUUACCUCCUAGAAUAAGAUGCUUGGAAUUUGUAAACUGAAAUGGAAACUAAGCUGAUUGCACUGCGGUUUUCUUUUCUGAAUCUGCUGAAAGGGAACAUAUAACUACCAUAUAAUUGAAAUUGCUCACAAUGUUCUAUUGAUCACUUUAGGCAAAAGCAUUUUCCGAAGAUUCUCUGCUUAGUUCUGUGAUAGGACUGAGCAGAGAUGUGUCUGUUACUGCUCAUCAGCAAAUUCAGAUUUUGCGGUUCUGUUUGGCCCCUGCUUGAAAAGAACAAAAAUGUUUUUUUAUGGGAAAAACCCUUAGAUUUCCUUGCUGAUCUUCUCAGUGCCUCCAGCUGGAUCACCAAAUGAAAAACACAACUGAUCAGUGUCAAGGUCUGCGGGAAAAAACAAAAAUAUUUCAUAAAAUUGAAUAUAAUAAAUAACAGAAGAGGACUCUGAGUAGUUUUAUAGGUGUAUGCAAACUUGAAGCAGUUUUUAAUACCCUACCUGUAUGGUAGGUAUGGUAACUUUUUCUUCUAGAAGUGUUAAAAUGAUCAUUUGUUUUUUGCAAUAAUGUGCCUUACGCUUAUUUCAAAAUUUUGAAGCAAAAAUAUUUGGACCUUUUCCUAUCGCUUAACAGCACUGAAAUAAGAUUUGUUUUAUGAAACACCAA